AGGAAAACGAAAACACAAGGCAGACACAACAAACAAAGCUGGCGCUGUCAGCGUGAAAAGUUUUUAUUUGGAAAUUGUUCCCGUUCGUGAUAGGUUGUAACACUCGGCAUCUCGGCAUGCAAAAAGUGCAAAGAAAUUUGGGAGGAGAGUGGAGCUAAGGGACAAAUUAAAUGCAAAAUUUGUAAGUGAUUGUAAAGGUGAAACAAAAUACCAGUGCGGCGCCCGAGUGAGGCACAUUUUCGAAUAUUCUGGAAGCUUCUAAUGUUUUCUCGACUGGGACAUUUUAUUUUCCUUGGUAUUACAUAGCCAAUAUCCACUGUGUCUGAUCCCUCCUUUCGAACCACUAACCCCCAGCGGAGCUUUGACGAAGACCUCGAACAAAGAACAAAGAAAGCGCAACGCAAUUGCAACUGCAAAUAAAACCGCCUCGAACCGGUGGUAACCAAAUUUGGCUUUGGCUCAAAACCAGUUGCCAAGAUCUAAGAUCUACGUCGCAUUUCCGCCUUCACCUGGUUGGUGGUGACAAAGAGAACAAGCCACAAGCAUGGAUGCCCAAGAAAACAGUGGACAGCAGCAGCAGGCCAAGGACGAGCAUCGCAUCCGCACGGACAGCGAGAGCUCCGUGGAUAGCCUGACGCGCUUUGUGCUGCCCAGCCUGGACGGCUCACCGCCGAAGAUAGUGACCCUGGACGACAUGUCUAGCAUGUUCAAGGACCUGCAAAACAUGGAACUGGCCCAUGAGAUAGCCCUCAAUCCGGACUUUAAGCUGCAGCAAUACGAGCCGCCAUCGAACAGCCUGGAGGGUGCCAUCAAGAGGAAUGUGCACAAGGCCUUCUGGGAGUUGCUUCGCGAGCAACUGGAGCGGCAGCCGCCCUCCUACGACCAGGCCAUUGGCCUGCUGGCCGAGAUCAAGGAGACCUUCCCCCAGCUGCUUUCCCGGAACAAAGAGCGGAUCGUGGCCCACAUCAACGAGGUGCUGGACGAGACUGUCAUUCAGCAGCAGGCGGAGCGGGGACUGCUGGACUUCCGCGCGUAUGCCAACUUUGUGAUCAACAUCCUGUCACGCUCCUGCUGCCCGGCCAGGGACGAGGCCGUGGCCAAGCUAAGGGAAAUCGAGGAUGUGGUGGACACCUUUCGCAGCAUCUUCGAGCUGAUGAGCCUGAUGAAGCUGGAUAUGGCCAACUUUAUGCUGACGCUGGCGCGCAAGGAGAUAGCCGCCAAUUCGGUGGAAUAUGAAAAGCAGAAAUUCAGCAAGUAUAUGCGCGAGUACAUGGGAAAUGGCUACAGCUUUCCGGCCACCGAGGACUGGCUGCAGCGCCAUCGCGCCGGCAGCAAUGUGGACGAGACCAUAUACAAUGCCUACAUGCAGCUGAUCGAUUAUCCGGCGGACAAGGAAUUCCCCGAGCUGCUGCAAAUUGACAAGGAUCGCUUUUCGGGCCUCAGUUGGCGCGCCCAGCGUCUGAUCCUGUGCGCCUCGCUCAUCUCCAUUGCCCAGAGCACGCCCAUUAUAUCGCAGCGUCGCGAAAACCGCCUCGAGCUAUCCAAGCAGCUGGACAUCAUCGUGCAGGAUGUCAAGAACCAAGAGCAAGUAGCCACUGCCAUUGGCAGCUGCUAUGAGCAGAUUCGCGCCUUUGUCAACCAGGCCUUGGCGAAGGAGCAGCUGCCGGCCAUGAGCGAGGCCGACCAGGAGGCGCUCAAGAAUCAGGUGCUGAAGCUGAGCAACAAGGCCUCGCCGGUGCCCAGUUUGAUGGCCAAGCGCUUGGAUGGUUAUGUGCGUGUGGCCCUGCGCUCUAAUGGCAGCAUACCGCCGCCGCCCGCCGGCUUUGUGGAUUACCAAGAGGAGCUGGUUGCAUUUAUCGCCUCGUUUCGGCGUUUGGUGUCCUACAAUCAUGCCGUUUUCGGCGAACACUUUCACCAGAUCCUCAACAAGACCAUGCAGCCACAGACGGAGGAGGCAGAGACCAGUCCGGCAGGUGAUGGAAUAGCCACUGGCCAGGCACAAACUGCAAAGCCUUAAGCACAGUCAUUUACACCCAAAACACACACCAACACACACAAGCCACAAGAUGAAUCUGAAGGAAAUCUGGAGCUGGACUUGGAACAGAAAGAGAGAGAGCACCCUCCCAUCUGUAUCUCCCCCAUUUGGCUAAUGAUUUCAUGUCCGAGAAAACCCCCUUGGAAAACAAGUCCUCGGGUGGAGAGGAAAGUACUCUAGGGCGACUGUGAUAACAAAGGAGAGAAAAGAAAGCGAGAUGAGAUGAAAAGAUAUCCAAGAAGGAAUAAGGUAAAUCAAAGGUAUGAAUCCUUUCGUGCUCGCUCCUCCGUUGAAUUCGGAAACGGCUACAGAUCGGCUAACAACCCCCCUUAAAUGUACACAUAAUAAAUAAAUAAAUAAAUAUAAAUAUGUAUACAAUAUGUACACUAACCCCGGACUAACCGUUAUUCGCUGGACUAGACCCUGUUGGGUCAUACCAUGGUACUCUCUAACGAUCGAUAGUGAGGCGUUGCGUGGAUCGUGGCAGAUAUAUACAAAAUAAGAUAUACAUUUACUUAGUUUAUCUAGUUGAAUAAAAUAUAUUUGAAUUUAAACUGGAA